CAAACACAAUGUUGCGCACAGCGUCGUUGCGCGCCAUCCAGCGCAACACUCCGUUGGUGCAUGGUGCCUCGAGACAAGGCGUGGUGUUCGCCACCACGAGGAUUAUGCAGGCUUCCAUUGCAAGGCAUGCUCGUGUUCCAUUGGUGUCGAUGAUGAUGCAGCUGCCAUCGUUCGGCAUGCAUCCGCACACACGCCGAAUGUUCUCCACCGACGCGGGGAAUGAAGGCUGGUUGAACGUGGACAAGAAGUUGCUCGAACGACGAUUGAAGACGUUUGGUCGUGACUUCGAGAUCAAGUCGCUGGCAGUGGCAGCCGGGUUGAACGACCAAGAGUGGGGUCCCGCGACGACGCAAUUCCGUCGAUCGCUCGUGGCGCACCCCGAUCGUCAUUUCAAUGACUCGAGUGAAAUGUAUGACUUUAUCGAGGGCCUCAAGGCGAAUCCCGCGGCGGGCGCGCUGCAAUUUUACCCGCUUUUUCUGACGUUUAUCAAAGAAAACGGAUUCAUUACCGACACCUCGCACGACAUGCAGUCCAUGCAGUCCCUCCGCGAGCUCACCGACUUGCGGCUGCCGCAUACUUGGUACCCCAAGGCCCACGCGAUGAAGCGCAAGAUCAUCUAUCACGGCGGGCCUACCAACAGUGGCAAGACAUACGAAGCGUUACUUCGGCUCAAGCAGGCAAACGAUGGACUGUACUGUGGCCCGCUACGCCUGUUGGCGCUCGAGAUUUAUGAAAAUCUCAACAUGGACGGGGUGUACUGCUCGCUCAUCACUGGAGAAGAAAAGCGCGAAAUUCCAUCGGCUACGCAUGUGGCGUGCACGGUCGAAAUGUGCAGCUCGACAGCACUCUACGACGUCGCUGUGGUCGAUGAGAUCCAGUUGAUCGGCGAUAGCGAGCGCGGGUGGGCAUGGACGCGAGCGCUGUCGUGCUUGCAAGCCAAGGAGAUCCACGUGUGCGGAUCCAUGGAGGCUGUCGACUUGGUCCGCAAGUUUGCCGACGUCGGCGGCGACGAGUUUGAACUGCGAACGUACGACCGUCGCAGCCCGCUGUCGAUUGAAACGGAAGCGCUCAAGUCGUAUGCCAACAUUAAAAAAGGCGAUUGCAUCGUCGGGUUCUCCCGCCGGCGCAUUUUUCAAAUCAAACGGGAAAUUGAAAUCUCCACGGGCAUGCGGUGCUGCAUCAUCUACGGCCAGCUGCCCCCCGAAACGCGAUCGCAACAAGCGCGGCUCUUCAACGAACCAGAUAACGGCUACGAUAUCCUGGUUGCGUCGGACGCUAUCGGGAUGGGCCUCAACUUGAACAUUGGCCGCAUCAUUUUUGACAGCAUCCUCAAAUUUGACGGAGAUGACAUGGUCGACAUCACACCGUCGCUGACCAAGCAAAUCGCAGGGCGGGCGGGGCGUUCAGGCAGUGACUAUGCUCACGGACUCGCCACGACGUUCAAAGAGGCCGACCUGAAGUACCUCAAGGACUCCUACGAGGAAACACCAGCGCUGUUGAAGGCUGCAGGGCUAUUCCCGUCCACGGAACAGAUGGUGGAGUUUGCCAAGCAAAUGCCCGACACAACAGACCUCGGCGUUCUACUGGAAAAGUAUGUGUCCCUCGCGCGGUUGGACGGUGGCUACUUCAUGUGCAAGUUCGCCGACAUCAAGGAAGCUGCGGAGCUGUUGGCCGACAUCCCGAUGCCUCUGGACGAACGCUUUACUUUCUGCACUGCGCCUGCGAAUCUGCGGAACCCCCUCGCUCGGCGCAUCUUUGUCGACUACGCCAUCGGCCACGGCAACGGACGCAGUGUUCCUUUGGACGUGUACUUGCCAAAGUUUGCCCCCCGCAACGAAUUGGCCCUCCGCGACAUCGAGAUCAAGUCGAAACUCAUCGACGUCUACCUCUGGUUGUCGUACCGAUUCCCAGACACGUUCAAGAUGCAGGCGGAGGCGCUCGAGCUGAAGGAGAAGGUGCUCGGACUCGUCGAAGAAGGACUUGUCAACGUCACGUACAAGAAGACCGAGUCGACGCCCAAGAAGCGGGUUGGCGAAUGGAACGAAGACCGCACCAAGUUUAUUCGAUAUGCCGAGGCCAUCAACUGAAGCGACGCAGUGAAUUUAUACCAAUGAAAUCGCUAGAAAAUUCAACUUGCCAAUGAUAUCACCAGGGAAGCAUUUUGACGAAACAAGUGGCUUCUCGACUUUCCACCAAUGAAAG